AGCUUUCCCACCGAAAUUUAUAGAAGAAAUCUCCUCUGUGUGAUUUUCUCGUACCAUCGCUCAGUCCAACCGAUCCCACAUCCUUGCGUCCCUUGUGGUGAGACAGAUCCGCGAACACCAGCCCACGGCCUGCCGCUGUGAAACCCACCCAAGCCACCAGUCGAGAUGGUCGAGAAAAUCUACGUCACGUACAACGAUGUGCACAAGCUGUGCCAGGAGGCGGCGCCGCGGAUCCUGGCCGAGUUCAAGCCGCAGCUGCUGAUCGCCAUCGGCGGCGGCGGGUACGUGCCGGCGCGGAUCCUGCGCUCGUUCCUCAAGCAGCCGGGCAGCCCCAACAUCCCGAUCCAGGCCAUCGGCCUGUCGCUGUACGAGCAGCUGUCGGACGGGCCCGACGCCCAGGUCGAGGCGCCGGGGACCAAGGUGACGCGCACGCAGUGGCUCGACCUGAGCGCCCUGGGCGAGAUGGAGAACCUGGUGGGCAAGCGCGUGCUGAUCGUCGACGAGGUCGACGACACCCGCACCACGCUCGAGUACGCCGUCAAGGAGCUGCAGAAGGACGUCGAGGAGGCGCGCGCGCGCCUGGGCAGCGAUCGCAAGACCGAGUUCGCCAUCUUUGUGCUUCACAACAAGGACAAGCAAAAGAAGGGCGUCCUUCCCGAGAGCAUCACGAACGGCCGGUAUCUGGCCGCCCGGACGGUGGGCGACGAGUGGAUCUGCUAUCCGUGGGAGGCGACGGACAUCGACGAGCACGACCGGCUAGCGGCCGAGGCCAAGGCCAAGACCCAGAAUGGGCUAUGAGCGUGUGCCCAGCAGAAAAAAAGAAGCCGGAGAGCGGCGAAACAGCGUCAUCCGGCGUACAUGACGUGUACAGGAAGCGGUUAACGGGGGAGAUGACCGGCGCCAGCCAAUAUCCGAUAGUAGAGAUACGGUUUGGCUUGCCUGGUUCCUUCCCACUAAAUGAGUCGGGCACGGGCCGGGGCGCUGUCGGCGGCGUCCAGCAUUGCGUAUGGAGUUAUAGGGCGGGAAACAUGUUGUGGCUGUCCAUUGGCAGCUGUAGAGUGGUUGGUUGGGGUAUUCGGGAUAGACAGGAGGCGCAGCUCACGCCGAGGAAGAUGAAUGCUUAAUCGCCCUGCCGAGUGAGAUGAUGGUUCAUUAUGUACCCGAAGUCUGCAGGUCUAUAAAGCAGACAGAAAAGACGGGAGUAUGGUACAUUACUGUACACUCUACCAACUCACGGUCCCCUCCCGCCGGUGCUUCUCUUUUAGCCUCUUCUCGUGCUUUAUGAACUCCCUGAUCUCCACCGGCAGGUUUUUGUACAGCUCCUCGUCCCAGAAAUCUUUUGUUGCAAACCUCUUGUCGGCAUCUGUCCACGGCCCAGAAACCCCGGAACGCUCCCAAUUCCCCACCGAGCCGCCCCCAUCCUCAUCCAUACUCGCCGCGCCCCGAUCCACCGCCUCGUCGUGC